AAAUACAAAUGAAAGAAAAUUAAAUAUGGCGGAUAUUUUGUUUUGUGUGUAGUGAAUAUGUUCUGUUUGUUUAAUUAACUUUCCGAUAUAACUAUACAUAUUGCUUAUGGGGCUCUUAAGAGACUUCAAAAAAGGAAGAUGAAUGCCACAAGUCUUUACGUAUCAACGUGUCGGUUAGUUUUACAAGCGGAUACCGAUGAUCCAAAUUCAUGGACAGAUUUAUACAGGCUAGUUCCCUACUUGCGACAAAGUUUAAGUUGUACUGUGUGUUCAAAUUUGUUAAUCGAACCUCAUACACCAACUGAAACUAAUUGUCAACAUCAUGUGUGUCGUGGUUGUAGAGGUGGACGUAAAAAAUUGAAACCGUCAUGUGGUUGGUGCAAGGAUUAUGACAAAUAUGUUGAAAAUGUUCAAUUACGAAUACUGUUACAGUGUUAUAAGAAAUUGUGUGAAUACUUGACAAAUACAAACAUUUAUCGAAGUUUAAUACUUUCAGUGUCCUCCAAUAAAACAGGUAAUAAUGCAUCAGCUAUCGGUGCUAGUAGCCUGAUGGAACUCAUACAAGAGGGUUCUGGCUUUAAAGAUGAAUUUAAAAGUACGGCGGGUCUAUCAAAAUCUGCGUACAGUAUUUUACCAUGUGUUUAUACAAGUACUACCUCAACUCAAACUCAAGGAAAUACUAUACAAAAUUCUGAAGCAGUGUCACAAAGUAUAUCUGAGUCACCUGCCAUUCGUACUGUAUCAAAUGGAUCUUCGAUAUACUCUGUGAUGUAUGCUGGAUCUGGUAACAAAAUAACAAUAAAACGGAAAGCAGCAGCUACAGAUGAUACAGAAGUAGGACAACAGGAUAUGGAUGGAAAUUCACACAGCUCUGUAGGAGGGGUAAAAUGUAUUCCAUCUUCCCACCUUAAAUAUGGGACCCCUUCUCAGAAAAAAUCUUCAAAGGGCAGCAAAUCAUCAGCUUUUAAAAAACCAAGAUCAAAUUCUACUCGAAGUAAAAGAAAAGGAUGUAGAUGUGGUAAUGCUACAGCAAUACCUGGGAAAUUAACAUGUUGUGGUCAACGUUGUCCUUGUUACGUUGAAAGUAAACCUUGCGUUGAAUGUAGAUGCAGGGGUUGUAGAAAUCCUCAUACAGCAGAUGGGUUGAAGAUUCGACCGCAUAUACCUGAGUUACAUAACUUACAAUUACAACUAUCGACUUCUUUGGAUUGUGACACACUAAAUUCAGAUCCUUUAGGAUCAGUGUCACAAUGCCUUUCAACUUCUCCAACAACGAUUCAAGUAUUAAAUGUUUAUUCAACUCCGAGAUUAGAUAUCGACAAUGUUCCACAAAAUCUACCUGCAGCCUUGUUAGUAGGAGAAGAUGCUAUGAUUAGUACCGAAAGCGAAGCCGAAGACAGUGAUAUACAGAUCGACGUGUGACAGUUCAAGCGAUAUUGUCAAUCGUCAUGUACAAUAUAAUAAGGUUUUGUCCGCAGCUUUGUCGUCAAGCAGUGGCAGGCGCCCUUUUCCCGCGAGAGUCAAAUCGAGCGUCCCUGAAUUAUAUUAAUACUUAAAAGGGCCGAACAAGUGUCAAUAUAUUCUCAUUUAUGAAAAUUACGUUAAUGGCCAAUCAGGUAUUAUUUAUCUACUUUUGGAACACGAUGUGAGUUCAUACGAAUAUACAAAAUAUUCGCGAACCUAUACUACUGACAGAGAAUUAGAAAAAUAUUGAAUGUCUCAUUUGUAUUACAAAAUAUUAUAAAGAGUAAAUUAAAAUUUGUUUCAUAUUAUAGAAUCUAUAGUUUUAAAUGGCGUAAAUAUGUAUAAAAAUUCAAAUUGACUUUAUAAUAGAUAUAUGUUUAAAAUUUUGUUAAAAAAUAUCGAAAAAUAUAUGAUAUAUUAUAUCGUAUAAAUCAUAAGGAUAUUAAUGAUUUCUUACCUUUGCGUUUAAACGAGUCAGUAUGACAGUAAUUUUUAACCAAUGAUACGCGUAUCAUUGCUGUACAUAUAUAUAUGCGUACGUAUGUACGUACGUAAUGCGUAUGCAUACAUGUAUAUGUAUUGUUGAUACAUAUGAAUAUGCGACAGGUGGUCGAUGAUACGCGAAUAAUAUACCACAUAUAUAGAUACCUUGUCGAUUUUCGAGUUUUUGAAUUUUGAUUUAUGUGCAAGAUAUAUUUUUGUUAGUGGUAUUGAACUUUUUGAAUUCUGCUUUUAAUUUUACGUAUUUAUCACAGGGCUGUGAAUAGUUGCAGUUAUAUAUACACAUGGUUGAAAUUGCUUCUUUGUGUAAUUAUAAAAAUGAUAGUAUGUCCCACAAUAAAGAUAAUUUCUUUUUGAACAA